AUGCGGCGCAGCGUGAAGAGGCGGCGGCGCCCCCCGGCGGCUCCAGCCACGGCCGCCCGGGGCGGCGGCUGUAGGGCAGGAGGAGGGGCCGCGCUGGAGGCGCGGGAGGAGAAGGUGGUGUACUCGCGGUCGCAACUGUCGCUGGCCGACAGCACCAAGGCGCUGGGCGACGCCUUCAAGCUGUUCAUGCCCCGCAGCACGGAGUUCAUGAGCUCGGACGCGGAGCUCUGGAGCUUCCUCUGCAGCCUCAAGCACCAGUUCUCCCCGCACAUCCUGCGCAGCAAGGACGUCUAUGGCUACUCCUCCUGCCGGGCGCUCGUCCCCGACCCCCCGGUGUCCCCCGCCGCCCGCGGCCAGACGCGCAGGCCGGGCCGGGGCGCGGCGGCCAGGAGGAGGCGCCGCGGAGCCCGGGUGGCCGCCCUGCGCCGAAGGAAGCCGCCGCCGCCAGCGACGCCGCCGCCCCCGGCCCCCGCGGCCCGGGCGGAGGAGAGCUGCCCCUUCAAGCCCGCGGCCCCGGCGCCCUCCUGGGGCCGCACGCUGGAGGAGAUCUGGAGGGCGGCCACCCCGACGCUGACCACCUUCCCCACCAUCCGCGUCGGCGGCGACGUGUGGGGCGAGCGCAGCCUGGCGGCGGCGCGGCGCAGAGCGCGCCAAGUCCUGCGCGUGAACCUAGAACCCGUGGUGAGGCUCCGCCGCUUCCCGGUGCCGCGGGCGUGA